AUGACAGUCUCACGAAGCAACAACAACAACAACAACAAUAACGACAAUCGUCGUCCACGUCGCAGGGGUGGUCGCAAUGGUAGAAGCUUGCCACGUGAGCUACGUCGCAACAUUCGGCGCCACAUGCCUGCCAACAACCAAGGGCAGGCGAUCCGAGAAAUGUUUCAUCAUUUGGUUCGACAGCCAAGUAUUGCUACAAUCCGCAAUGGUGACGUAUACGUUACCGAUGAGUCUUAUCGGGACUUUUAUGAAGGCUUUGCUGAACAUUAUCUUGCGCAUCAGUCGCAGUGGCGUGUGGAGUUGGAGAACCGCAACGCGGAGGUCCCCAUCGAGGUUCCCGACGAGAUUCCCAAUGCCAACGCGGAGAUUCCCAAUGCCAAUGUUGAGGUUCCCAAUGUGGAGGUUCCCAAUGCCAACGAGGAGGAACCCAACCAGGGCGAACAGCCCUAG